AUGAGGUCUUCUACAAUUCAUAAUUUUUUUGCCUUUAUCAUUUUAACAUACCCAAUUGCUUCAAUAGCAUUUUCAUGUCCGUUUACUACAAAAUGGAAUGUUAGCGUUAUUAGUGCUCUUCGUGAAGAUCUUGUUGUUCACAUAAAAUCAAGAGAUGAUGAUCUUGGGAAUCAUACCAUUCCUUUUGUAGGAAAUUACUCCUGGUCUUUUUGUGAAAAGGCUGGUGGUCAUACUCUUUUUUACGUUUACUUCUGGUGGGGUUCAAAAUUUCAGAGCUUAGAUUUGUUUAACAAAGCCAUUUCUGACAAAUUAAUUUUAAAUGCUGAUCCUGAACAUUGUUACUGGUUUGUAAAACCUGAAGGGUUUUUUGUUAAUAAUAUUCCAAGUGGAGGUGGGCAGUUCAUUAAAGGAUGGAACUAA